GUCUUCGACAUGCACUCCGUUCGCCGGAUUUUGCCCGCCGCACGAGCCACCGGCUCCUUCAAGAGAACCACAAUCGACUUGCUGCCCGCCACGGGCACCUUCAACGGCGAGCCAUUCCCCCUCCACAUCCAUCAGCACUUCCACCACGGGUGUGGAUGCGCCGGCUUCUUUUCCCCGCCAGCCGACCGCCCCCGCCUCGAUGGAGGCAAAUCCGUCAGCGGAGCCGCGGUAAGGUGGACACCGGAUGCGACACGCGCUGUGACGCACGCACAGAUGAGGCUGUCAAAGAUGUCUGGAUGUCAUUGAGUUGUUCUCUCUCUGUUGCUGUUUGUUCUUGGAGUGCAGGUCUUCCAGGCGCAACAGCGCAUCCGCCUCCAGCCCUCUCUCGCCAGCGCGGCCGCUUCGGCCACCACGCCGCCAACCAACGUCCGCGGCGAGAUGAGGGCUUUGAAGAGGCUCGGGCCGGUGCGCGCGCACAUCCAGAUGGAGACCCUCGCCCUCGAGCGUGCCAUGGCCCUGAACAGCCCCAGCAUUGCGCCCGUCAAGCAGGUAAGUGGAUUAACUGCACUUUUCUUCGUGCCUUGACUCAUUUUACGGCUGGUGGGAUGGAUUUCAGAGCUUCUCCGUCCGACAGGACGGCUCCCCCCCCGGCAGCGACGUCUUCAUGGAGAUGGCGGUCUACCGCCAGAACUUGCGGCAGUAUGCCGCCGCCAGAAGGACCAUGUCGGGGAGGUCUCUUAUUGACGAGCAGGAGGCUAAGGACCUCCUCUACCCGCUCGUCGUCUGCCUGAGGGACCUCCUCGACAAGUGCGGCCUCAUCCACGGGUAAGAAGAGAAGAGAAAUAGAUGCUGCAGUCGGUGCCCUUCGCGUAGCCGACGGAUUGUUAUCCUACGCUGUUCGAUUCGUAGCGAUGUGAAGUCGGCCAAUGUGAUGGUCGAUGGGGAGGAUGAGGGGGCCGUUUUGAAGUUCAUCGACUUCGGCAACGCUCACGUUGCUCAUGUAAGUGGCUGGCUGCUAUAGAGACCGCAUGAGUCUGUUUUCACAUGUGUCCCAGCACACUGUUCUUUCUGUCUUUGGCCAGGCCGACAAACGAGAGGCCCUCAACAGCAAGGGGGCACAAACGCUGAUACAAGACGAUAUCAGGGGAUUGGGGUACGUGACAUACAUACACAAUACUUAGCAUAAGGUCACCGUGUUGUGUGUGUUCGUUUGCUUGUUUCUUUGUGGCUUUUUGUGGCUCAGUCACUUGCUAGGGGAGCUGCUGUAUGGGCCGCCACGGAGGAGGGGGUGUUGCACGCACUUUAAUGUAAGCAGACAAACAGCUCUGCGUCUCUCAAUGGUCGGUCCUUGUCUCGUCUGUCCUUUCUGUGUCAUGUCCUUAUCUGCUGCAGAGGCCACUCGCCAGCGCUGCCGCCUACGACCUGUACGACAAGAUGAUGCGCCGCCCCCAUACACUAACUUACGAGGACAUUCUGAGCCAUCGAUGGUAGCCACAGAGGCGAAUUCUGAUUAUUCAGUGGCCGCACUUCCUGUCUGCCUUAUGCGUAUGGUUGGUCAGGUUUGCUCGGGAAUUCGAGGGCUACUGGAAGCCGCCCCGCCAGCCGGCCGCCGACCAGGCCCCUCCGCCCCCUCCGGCGACACUGGAGGACCACCCGGCCGCCCAGCCAUCAUGGCUGGAGCGGCUGCGGGCCUGGUGACGGUGGCUGCUGAGCUGUUUGUCGUCG